GAAAAAUUUGUGAAAAAGCCCAAACAGUCUGAUUAUAGUUUAGGAAUUCCAAUUAGUAUCCCAGAAGCCAGGACUAAUCAUCUCACCUCAAACCCUUCUUCCACGCUCCGAUUGUCUUUGAACCAGCGCAACAUAUUUCAGACCCAGAAACACAACGAGUGAUUAAAAUGGUUUCUGGAUUAAUUAAUGCCAACCCUGUAGUUUAUGAAAAGAAAGAGCGUCGGGUCCGCAGUGCUCCAAGUGAUGCUGAUGAAUAUGCUGUUGAAUCAAUUGAUCAACAAGAAGUUUUCGAUCAUAUUAGAGAUAUAAAAGACCCAGAGCACCCUUAUUCUUUGGAGGAGCUCAAAGUAAUAUCUGAAGAUGCUAUUGAAGUAGAUGACCAUCGUAGUUAUGUAAGGGUCACAUUUACUCCCACAGUUGAACAUUGUACUAUGGCUACAAUCAUUGGUCUUUGCCUACGCGUGAAACUCAUUAGAAGCUUGCCUUCUCGUUACAAGGUGGAUAUCAGGGUGGCACCAGGAACCCAUUCAACUGAAGCUGCAGUUAAUAAACAACUGAAUGACAAGGAACGGGUGGCAGCUGCACUGGAGAAUCCAAACCUUUUGGAUAUGGUUGAUGAAUGUUUAGCUCCUUCAUAUGAGUGAAUAUAUCGAUAUGUAUAUUAUGUACUCUCUAGGCCUUUUGUAGAAUGAGCUUGGAAAAAGGCUAUAAUUAAACUUAAUUUUCAGAUAUAUCUCACUUUUCACUUUCCAAUUUUUUCCCUGUAAUAUUAUUAGCCAUUCAGUUUUGACUUUGUGCUUUUGUUCACUUCUAUUUGUAUAAUACAUUAAUAUAUGAUUUAAAAGAAGUUGUUCAUUAUUUAAA